AAAAUUCAGUGAAAUCAUCGACGUGUACUUAUUGUGUUAUCAUACAUCGACGUGAAGAUCCUCUCCCGAACUUAACAAGAACACAAUUACCUAGAAAGAAAAUUUAUAGAUCUUUAUGAUGUUUUCCCUAAUGAAGAUGUUUUUGAUUCUGAUGUUAGUAAUUCUUUGUAAGUCACAAAGGGUGAUAAAACAGAUUUCACGGAUACAUUUCAACAAGACGACUGAUCGUCUCUGUACUUCUAAAUUGACGUGUGCUGUUGUGACAUAUGAUGAGUCAAAUCGAGUCAUUGACGUAAUUAAAGGACGCUGCGAUUGCCCAAAGGGCAAAGAAUGCUCUUUUUUUAGACAAAUUUCAUUCGAAUGUCUGGAUAGAAAUAUCUGCGCGCGUUCCUAUGGUACACAUAACGCUGAGGAAUUUCGCUGCACCUGCGUACGUGCUUAGAAAGAUUGUAUCACCUGCAAUUCGUCUGCUCGGAAGGAAGAGAUCACCACAAGAAUGCACCAUCCUGUUCAAGUCUUAAGAUAUCUUUUCUAUCUUUCAAACUCUUUUUUUAUUAUUAUUAUUGAAUAAUUCUGCGUUAUCUUAGUUUCGAAUAAUGUACGGUUUUAUUUAACUCAAAAAUUGUAAAUUCAA